AUGGUGAGGAUCAGGCGUAAAUACCUUGACUGUCUCUUGUACAACCGUUCAGAUAUCGAAUGGUCUACAUUAAACGGACUCAAGCAGCACGAAGUGAAGGCGAGUCUGGCAGACACGCCGACACUGGAUGAGAUGAAGAGAGCAUUUACUCAGCUACAAAACGACAAGUGUGCCGGGGCUGAUGGGAUCCCGCCUGAAGUAUUGAAACAAGGCGGGCUCGCGUUGAUAACUGAGCUGCACCACUUAAUGCAACGCGUAUGGUUCGAGGAGGAGGUGCUUGCUGAGCUGAAGGAUGACCUUGUGCUGCCACUGUAA